AUGUACGGGAACGUCGAGACAGCGCUGGACAAAGCCUGGGGACCCGGGGAAGGCUGUCCCCUCCCGGACGAGGAUCCCUACGAGCCCCUGGACCCCUCCCCCAGCCCGGGGCCGCCCCCCAAGGCUCGCCCCUCCCCCCCCGGGGUGGCCUUGGUGACCCCCAGGGUGGCCCCGGUGGCCUUGGUGGCCCUGGUGGCGCUGUUGGUGACAUUGCUGCUGGCGCUGGGGACAAUCGGGGCGCGGCGCAUCUCGGCCCUGGAGGCCGCCCUGGAGGUCGAGAAGGCGAAGGAGCCGCCAAGACCCAUCGCCUCCAGCUCCUUCCUGCUCUACAACCAGCACCACUCCGGCUGCGUGGAAGCCUCGGGCUCCUUCCUCACCGUCACCGCCUGCGCCCCGUCCUCGCCGGCCCAGCUCUUCCAGUGGCUCCCGGGCGGCCGCCUGCGCCACUUGGCCACGGGGCUGUGCGUGGGGGUCUCCGAAGCCACCCCCGGCAUCCUGGUGAUGCUGCGGCCGUGCCGGGAGAACUCGGAGCUGCAGCGCUGGAAAUGCGGCCAGGGCGCUCUGCUGGCGUUGGCCGCCACCGUGGCCGGCACCGCGCUGCACUUCAACUUCGGCCACGAGGUUCGGCGCCGCGUGGUUCUCUACGAGGGCAGCGGCAACUGGAGCCGCUGGCUCGUGUACGGCACCAAACGGGAUGUCUGCUCCUGGGCAAAUCGCCCGCCCUGCUCCAAGGGCUGGCGCUAUUUCCGGAAUUCCUGUUAUUUCUUCUCCCAACUCGAGGCUUCCUGGGACAAUUCCCAAAUUUUCUGCUCGGCUUUGGGGUCGCAGCUGCUCGAGGUCGACGACACCAAGGAGAAGAUCCAUGUCCAGUCCCACCUCCAGGGCCCGGCCUGGCUCGGGAUUCGGUAUCGGCGCCAGGAGGGGACCUGGAGGCGCCAGAAUGGGACCGCGGUGACCCCAAACACCAGCUGGUGGCACCGGGACGAGCCCAAUCCGGAGAAUUGUGCGGCUGUGAGGCCGGACGGGCUCUGGGCCGAUUAUCCCUGUGAGACCACCCGGGGCUGGGUGUGUGAGGGACCCCCCUGACCCCAAAACCCCGGGAAUUCACCCCAAAAUCAAC